CCAGCCAGAAUGUCAGCUUCCAAUAUGAGUGAUGACAGUCUCCCAACCACUCUCUUUCUGAUGGGGAUCCCAGGGCUGGAGUGGGCCCACAUCUGGAUUGCCAUCCCCUUUUGUAUCAUGUAUGUGGUAGCACUGGCUGGAAAUGCUGCCCUCAUCUUGGUCAUUGCUAUGGACAAUGCACUUCAUGCACCCAUGUACCUCUUCCUUUGCCUUCUCUCACUCACUGACUUAGCUCUCAGCUCCACCACAGUGCCUAAAAUGCUGUCCAUUUUGUGGCUCCAUGCUGGUGAAAUUUCCUUUGGAGGCUGCCUGGCCCAGAUGUUUUGUGUCCAUUCUAUCUAUGCUCUGGAGUCCUCAAUUCUUCUUGCCAUGGCCUUUGAUCGAUAUGUGGCUAUCUGCAACCCUCUGAGAUACACAGUUAUCCUCCACCAUACAGUUAUAGUCAAAAUUGGUCUUGUUGGGAUAUUCCGGAGUGUGGCCAUUGUCUCCCCCUUCAUCUUUUUACUGAGGCGACUGCCUUACUGUCAGCACCAUGUCAUGGCACACACCUACUGUGAGCAUAUGGGCAUCGCUCGACUGGCCUGUGCCAACAUCACUGUCAACAUUGUCUAUGGGCUGACUGUGGCCCUGUUGGCCAUGGGUCUGGAUUCUGUGCUCAUUACUAUCUCCUAUGGUUUUAUCCUCUGUGCUGUCUUUCGUCUUCCAUCCCGCGAUACCCAGCACAAGGCGCUGAGUACCUGUGGCUCCCACCUUGGGGUCAUCCUGGUCUUCUACAUUCCUGCCUUCUUCUCCUUCCUUGCCCACCGCUUUGGGCAACACCAAAUCCCCAAGCAUGUGCACAUCUUUCUGGCUAAUCUCUAUGUGCUGGUGCCUCCUGUGCUCAACCCAGUCAUCUAUGGGGCCAGGACCAAGGAGAUUCGGAGUCGGCUUCUAAGACUGCUUCACUUGAAGAAGAUUUCAGUAUGAAUUCUGAGCAAAGGUUGGAAGUGAGAAGAAUAAAUGUAUAUGGUAGUUGUCUAGAUGCAUUUACAUGGGCAGAGAACUAUG